AUGUCUUCCACCUUUAGCACCCAGGCCUCUUCCUAUGGGACCCCACUCUCACCAUUGUCCAACCUUCAGCACGACUAUCCUUCUCCAUCUCUUCCAUAUGUAUCGUCAUCACCAGCGGAAAAACUCGCUGCCUGCCCAGCGGCAAGCGCUGCAGCUACAAGGAUUAUCGCUGCUGCUGGUCAAAUUACGAGCAUCGUACAGAAGCCAUUUCUGUUCAUGUCCGAUGCGAGCAUGGUGUACACCGUUCCAGCAUGCUUGCGUCUCAUCGAACAUUUACAUGUCGUUGAGAUUCUGCGUGAUGCAGAGGACGAACGCCAGCGCCUUCUUUCCGAACUCCGUAUUAUCGCGGAGCUCCACGGAUGGACUAACAACUCCUCGGCCUUAGCCCACCCCCUGCGCUUGCUUUCAACGCAUCACAUUCUACGUGAAACAGCUCCAGACACCUUCGCACUGACGCGUGUCGCAAGCCUGCUCGACAGCGGCAAGAGCGUGGCAGAUGUCUUUGCAAAGUACAAAAAAUAUGAAGACACCUCUGGAAUCGCUGCUUUCGUCGGAUUGUGCACUGAUGAGCUGUUCAAGUCAGCUGCGUACCUCACGGAGGCGUUUACAGGUGUUCAACUUCCUUUAGCUCCUCCAGGGACAUUCAAUCUCGCGUUCAACACGCCUGUGCCAUUUUUCGAGUGCGGUCGUGAACCGGGCAAGUCUUUCCGCCUUGAGCGGUUCUCGCAGGCGAUGAUUGGUACGAAUGGGUGGGAGGCGCCUGGAGCUAUUUUAACUGGUUUCGACUGGCUUUCCCUCCCACGAGGUUCGACGAUAGUAGAUGUUGGAGGAGGAAUCGGAAGCACGACGAUGAUUCUUGCACGGGCGUUCGGAAGCAAUUCUGGACGUCGGGGAAGUGACAUGCAAUUCCGCUUCAUCGUCCAGGACCGUCCGGUUGUCGUCGGACUCGGACUUGACGCAUGGCGUGCGCAGUGCCCAGAGAUGCUGGAGAGUGGACAAGUGACGUUUUAUGACCUCAAUCGGCAUCCCGCAGUUUACAUACUCCGCGUUGUCCUACAUGACUGGCCUGAUGCCCGUGCACGACAUGUGCUACUCAACUUGCGGCUUGCAAGCAGCCCAGAGACGAGGCUUAUCAUUGCAGAUCAUGUCCUCCCAUUAGCAUGCUGGACGCUCGACUCGGUUCUAGCGCACCUCGAGGGCGCACAUGGCACUCUAGCGCCUGCGCCCCUACUUCCGAACUUGGGCGAAGCAAGUGCAACCCCCUUUUCCAUGGACAUCGUGAUGCACAUAACUUUCAAUGGCAAGGAGCGCACGCUACGGGAGCUUUGUGCGCUAGCUCUGUCGUCCGGAUGGCGCAUUGCACGCGUGACAUACUCAAAAGGUUCCCAUUUCGGGCAUCUUGUUUGUGAGCCUGUA